AUGACUCUGCUGCAGACACAGCACCAGCAGAUUGUCACUGAUGCAAGAGCAAUUGAAGCCAGGGCUGUUUCCCUCACUGCUGCAAUCAAUGCUGGUGCUGCCGCUGCUGAAGCCGCCAGAGAUGGUGCUCAUGUUCAUCGUACAUAUGCCGCCUCUGCUCUUUUGUCUGUUCUUGCCGCUGCCGCUGCUUCUGUUUCUGGUUUCGCACCUGUGAACGCACCCACAACUGCGCCCGCGCCUGCGCCUAUGCCUGCGCCUGUGCCUGCAUCCACGUCCGCCUUUGCCCCUGCUUCUGCCCCUGCUCCCGCCACCACCCCUGCACUCACGCCCGCGCCUGUACCUUCUGCGUUCGCCCCCCUCCUGGCCGCUGAUCGUACGACUGCUAGUUCCUCUGCUUCUGCUGGUUUUGUUUCUGCUGUUGAUGAUGUGGCGCCUGCUUAUGAAAUUAAUCGCGAGGCCACCACUGUGGAGGAGGUGUGGAGGGAAUGGUCUGUGGGUUUGAAUCAUGGACCUGUUAUAUGA